AUGGAUGAAGGUGUUUCGCAGUUGGUGGAUGCGUACACGGGGCUUAUGCUUUGUCUUGGGUGUUGUGCUAAUAUUGGUGAUGACACUGAGGCUUGGGAAUUCAAGGGUAACCAGGAACAGGCAAGGAGAUAUAGGAAACUGACUGCAAACGAUCAAAAUACAUGCUUAUCUAUGCUCGUUUGUUGUGAGUUUACCUAUUGCUCACUCGCAGGACUUUCGGGAAAAUUAAUAAAAAGCGAGGAUCAGUAUCGCCCCAUGCAUGCCUCUGGUCCUGAUUCUUGUACGAGCAAGUACAUGCAGCAUUGCUUUUGGAAAAGUACGCGAAAACCGCCGUCCUCUCAGUUCCUGUCAGCUCUACGAGAGUAUGAGGCGCUUCACCAGCGAUGUGUGCAAGGCCAGAACCUAACUGAGACCUUCAUCACUGGAACAGCACCGGAGGGAUGCCAGUAUCUCGUUUGGAAAGAACUAGACGGAAAGGGCAACCAACUCGUUUCUCUCGUUUCUGCUUUCGUAUACUCUCUCCUCACUCAUCGCAUUUUGUUGAUCACGCCCCAGGAAUCGCUCAACCUCCUACUUUGUGAACCAUUUCCCCGGUCCUCUUGGCAAGUGCCCAGCGGCUUUCCGUAUGAUGCGAUGCAAUCGAAGGGGGGGAGUCAAGGGGAUUUCUUCCAAAGAGCUCAGAACCUAACAGGAAGAGGAUCUGAAUCGCUUCUCGAUACCGAUUUCAAAAAUAUACCACGCCACUUGUUUGUCAGCCUCUCAAACAUUAGCCCUCCUCCGCACCACGACAGACGAUUCUUCUGCCCAGCGGAGCAAAAACUUCUUGGCCGCAUUCCGUGGUUGCUCUUCCGUAGCAAUCAAUACAUGAUUCCAGGUCUCUACUUCUUGCCAGAGUUUCGAAAAGCGCUUAAUCAUCUCUUUCCUGAUAGGGAGGUGUUUCUCCAUGCCGGAAGAUACCUCCUUAACCCUUCUAACGACAUUUGGGGUCGCAUCACAAAGUUCUACGAUGGUUAUCUUGCUGGUGCCGACAAGAGGGUUGGCAUUCAGGUUCGUUCUUGGACACCUGAAUACAAGCCCGUGAUCAGUGAUCACAUCCUCAAGUGUGCUGUAGACACAAACAUUCUCCCCAACUUGACUCGGAAAGCCACAGCCAUUCCGACACAUAAUUCCUAUAAAAAGAUCACGAUACUUAUGACAGCUCUAACUGUCCAAUAUCACCUCGACCUGCGGGAGCACUAUAUGCGACAUGAGAAUGUUGGUGGUGAGUCCCAGUAG